CCAGGCUCUCUUCUGGUUGUCAUUUCUUGGGAGAAAUAAGUCCCAUGAUUAGCUCUGGAUAGUAUAUCUAACUGAUGUAACUUAAUAAUAAACUACUAGAGUAAAGAGAGUCCAACCUUGUAUUUAUGGUCUGUGAAAAUGAGAAGUAAAAAAAAAAAAACAGCUCAUACAUGAACUUUUUUAAUUAGGGUAAUUAACAAUUACAACUAAUAUUUUUGACUAGACGAACUGUAAAACAAACCAGCUGGGGCUCUUAAUAAUGAAAUAAAUGUCUCGUAUUUAAUUUGAGAAUAAAUCGGUCCCGUUGGUCAGAAAUAAAGUCCUUUGUGCGUUGAUCCACCGCACCGGCGGGUGAGUAAGUUGUAGAAACCACACGGCUACGGAAACCCGCGCAGUCAAAGCAUUCCGAUGAAAACGGGCAAUGAUUGAACAGGCGCCAUGACAUGAGUUUAUACUUUUUUUAACUUUAAAUAAUGUUGUUAAACAAGUAUUAGUUUUACUGUAGUCUCCCUGCAGCUUCUUUAACCCUGCCCCGCUCUCUCUGUUAGUCAGUUUGGCUAGCUAGCCGUUGACGUUUCUUCGUGAGGAGAGUUAGUGGCAGUGGUUAAACCAGUCAAACAGCCUCUAUCCUCGGCUGCAGGGCUGCUUUUAACCUCCGGGUAGAUUCAGGGCACCGCUGGCAGCUUCAAAACUGGGGGAAGAUGUCGCAGAACGGCGGAUUUCCGUGGACGGUGGUCGUCCUCACCUGCCAACACAAGGACAGCGUCUACGCUUUCCAGAGAGAGCUGGAGUUACGGCAGCAGCGCGGCGCUCUUCCUGGGGGUGCGUUGCUUCUGACUGUUAGGGACCGCCAGGAGCCGCUGGGCAGCGGAGGGGCCACGCUGAACGCUCUACUGGUCGCAGCUGAACACCUGAGCAGCCGAGCCGGACACACAGUGGUGACAGCCGACGUCCUGGAUGAAGCUCACAUCCUCAUCCUUCACACAGGUCGGGAUUUUCCCUGGAGCUCCUGCAGUCGAGCCUUCUGUUGGCUUCCCGAAGAAAAGCCCGGGCAGAAAGUCCAGUCACCGGUUUGUGUUCUGGAUCUGCUGCUGGACCACCUCGGCAUCCAGAUCUGUCCUGGUUCUCCUCCUGGAGUCUGGGUCUGCAGCACCGACAUGAUCCUCAGGGUCCCAACAGACUUUGUUUUGUCCUGGGACGGGUUCUCUGGAGUUCGGGUUUUAGCGGUACCAGGUGACGUCUCGUACGCAGCCGAUCACGGAGUAUACCUGACCGACUCACAGGGUCGGGUCCGGGACAUCAUCUACAAAGGAUCCAGGGAGCAGAUCCAACAAGCCCUGAUGCCUGAUGGGAAAGUCCCACUGGUUUCAGGUCCAGUCUUCUUCUGCAGAUCCGUCUCAGAGAAGCUCCUGCAGACUCAUGUCAGUCCUCCUCUGGACGGGUGCACCUACCUGGGCCUGGACUCUGGAGCUCCGCCCCUCCAGAUCUCGCUCUUCUUGGACCUGCUGAAGUGUCUCUGCUCGGAUCUAACCCAGGAUCAGUUUGUGGGCGAGGACAGAGCUGGCUGGAGUUCCCCAGCCAGUCCACAUGGGCCAGCAGUGAGGACAGGCAGAGCGGAGCUGUGGAGGAUCCUUAGAGGAGCUCCACUCUCACUGGUGUACAUCUCUGGCAGUCGCUAUGACUACCUGACUCUGUCAGGGAAGCAGCAUGUCGACCGUCUGACCUCUGAUUGGACGGAUCGAAACACUCUGUCUCACAUUCAGACUGAGAGGCUGCUCAGCGAGGGAGCUCGGAUCAUCAACAGUGUUCUGGAUGGAGAUGUUGCUGUGGCAACCCGGGCAGUGGUGCAGCACUGCCACCUACAAGGUCCUCUGGACGUCCCAUCAGGUUGUUUGCUCUCAGGAUUAGACGUGUUGAUGUCAGCGUGCAUCAGGCGGCUCGCGCUUAGCAGUGACAUCAUCAUCCAGGGACAUCGGAUUGAGCUGGGGGAGCUAAAGCUAAAUGUGUACACAGUGAUGGGCGCGCACGACAACCUGCAGGUCUCCUUUAAUGACAGCAGCGCCUCCUUCCUCAACCAGAGCUGGAGUGUUUUUUUCAGCUCUUUAGGAAUACAGCCGGAGGAGUUGUGGGUGAGAGGAGAACAGUGCUCCCUCCUGGAGGCACGGCUUUUCCCAGUCCUCCACCCCAGAGGAGGCACUGUGGGUCUUGAGGGAGGUGUGGGCUGGCUGCUGGGGGGUCCAGGCUGCUUGCAGAGGUGGAGGGAGGCGUGGAGAGUUUCUCUGAGGGAGGUGCUAUCUCUCACUCACCAGGAGGCGGAGCUACAAUGGAGGGAGGAGCUGCUGUUCCUGGUGGGGAGGAGAAGAAUGACAGAUGCCCUGCGGAGUCACACCGACGUCUGUCUGCUGCCUUGCUUCAAGGCGGCAGUGCAGGGAGGGCAGCAGGGGGUGCUACUAGAGACUCUGGACAGGAUUGCUGCAGGGAGCGUCGAGCCAAGGGUGGAGCAAGGAGCACAACUGGGCGUGGCUGCUCGCUGUCUCUCCUGCAUAGCUGAUGUGCUGGUGUGCAUGGCGCAGGGGAAGGGGGGUCUGAGAAGCGGUCCAGCCGCUAAUGAGGCAUGGAGCUCCGCCUACUUCCUGUUGGAGGGUGGAAACUUGAGGGGAGGAGUUUAUGCCCUUGCUGCACAGCGACAGCAUUGGCUGAGCAGGCCGGACCUGCUUGUGCGAGCCGCCCGGCACUACGAGGGCGCAGGCCAAGUGCUUCUGCGGCAGGCUGUGAUGUCAUCACAAAGGUUCAUCUCUAUUGGGCAGGGGAAGGCCCCGCCUAUCGGGGAGUGGCAGGAAGUGGAGUGUCCAGCCAGAUUGGAUCUGGCAGGUGGCUGGAGUGACACCCCGCCAAUCGCCUUUGAGCAUGGCGGAUCAGUGACAAACGUCGCAGUGAAGGUCGAUGGGAAACGUCCAAUCGGAGCCAGAGCCCGUCGCAUCAUGAAAUCCCACCUCCUGCUGGUCAGCUACAGUGGAGGGUUGGGCAGUGGGGCUUCCACCGAGAUAGUGUGUGAGAGUCUGAAUGACCUGAAGGACUAUUGCCAGCCUCACGCUCCUGGAGCUCUGCUGAAGGCAGUCUGUGUGUGUAGUGGCCUGGUAUCUCUGUCCUCCCAGGAUCCUCUAGGGCAUCAGCUGAUGCAACGCUGGGGCUCUGGGGUAGAGCUGCACAGCUGGUCGGAGCUGCCGACUGGAUCCGGACUGGGUACUAGCAGCAUUCUGGCGGGGGCGCUUUUGGCAGCGAUCUACAGGUGUACAGGCCGAACGUAUGACACCGACUCCCUGAUCCACGCAGUCCUGUACCUGGAGCAGAUUCUCACCACAGGUGGAGGCUGGCAGGACCAGGUGGGAGGUCUGGUGGGUGGAGUCAAGGUGGGUCGUUCCAAAGCAUCUCUGCCCCUGCAGGUGGAGGUGGAGUGUCUGAAUCUUCCUCCUGAGUUUGUAGUGUCUCUGGAGCAGCACCUCCUGCUGGUUUACACUGGAAAGACGCGUCUAGCUCGAAACUUGCUGCAGGAUGUGGUACGCAGCUGGUACAGCCGUCUGCCGUCGAUGGUCCAGAAUGCCCAGCAGCUGGUGUCCAACUCUGAGGAAUGUGCCAGAGCCUGUUCAGAUGGUUCUCUGUCCAGAUUGGGUCAGUGUUUGGACUGCUCUUGGCAGCAGAAGAAGCUGAUGGCUCCUGGAUGCGAGCCGGCCUCAGUCAGAACCAUGAUGGAGGCUCUGAGGCCGCUGGUCCUGGGUCAGAGCCUGGCUGGGGCUGGAGGGGGCGGCUUCCUUUAUCUGCUGACCCAGGAUCCCCUACAGCAGGAGACUGUGCUGCAGGUCCUCAGAAACACACCGGAUCUGGGAGACUUCAGCGUUCACUCAGUGGAGCUGGAUAUGGAGGGAAUCGCAGUCCGGCUGCCACCCGUUACCUAACAGCCAGUGAAAUUAGGAGUUUUGAUUCAAUCUGAUGUAACACUGAAGUAAAAUAAUAAUUAUUGUUUUUCAGACUUUUUACAGUCCUUCAUGGAUGAUAGACUUAUGUUUGAGCUCUGAAACCACGUUAUCACCUGUUGCAGUUUACAACAUACCUUCGAGGGCUGAUAUAAUCAUAUUGAUUGUGUUCACCUGUUGAAACUAGCUGAACAUUACCAUUUUAUUAUAUAAAUUAAGUAUUUUCUGUUUGGUCCAAAGAUGCGUUUUCUAAUCCAGCAUUCAAUCAGCAUUCUUGAUUUGCUAAUUGAUUAAAUAAAUACUAAUACAAAA